AUGCCACCCAAAGCAAGCACAUUCAAACUUCCCUCGGUACCAAAAUCCAUCUUCGUCUUCUGCGACGGAACGUCCAACGAUGACAACACGGAUGUGAAAAAGGGGCAUACUAACGUCUUUAGUCUCUUCCAAUGCGUAAACGACAAAGUACCGGAUGAAACCCCGCGAUUGGUAUUCUACCAGCAAGGGCUAGGGACAUCGCCAAAGAUUGGUAAAGGCGAGGUUAAGGGUCUUGUUCCUGACGUUUCGGCCAACUUGAAGGACUUAUUAGUAUGGGUGGGUAUUGAAAAGAGAAAAGGGCAAAGACAUCAAAGAAUAUGGAACCAAGCCACCAGAAGCACCGAGGCCUUUUUUGCCCUAGUCAAGGAAGUCGAAGUUACCGAGCUAGGUGUCUGGGUCAGUGUUUCCGCGCUUCUUUCCGACCUAGACGCCUUCGUGUUAGCAGCACCGCUAAACGAGAAGAUCCUCCACGCAUACCACGCUAUUGCCCUGACAGAGCGUCGAACCGAAUUCUUUCCUGUGAUGUGGGAUUUUGCGCCCGAGGGAAUGAUAAAAGCGGAUCCGCCGACACUGAUUCAGUGCUGGUUCAUGGGUACACAUGCUGCUGUGGUGGGAGCCACGGUCAAGAGGGUGUGA